AGAUUUAAAUUACUUAUGUAUCUUAGAUAUACUUAUGUUGGUGUAACAUCCAGAAGUUAUGUUUUCUAUAACUUAAAAUAAUUUGCCCAUGUUUAUUGCCAAAAAAAACAUAAAAUGGAAUCAAAUCUGGAAAAUUCAGCAAACUAUCUUAAUGUAAUCUCUCUUGGGAAUCCAGAAACAGGAAAAUCUUGUUUAAUAAAAAGAUUCUGUGAAAAGCGUUUUGUAAGCAAGUAUCUUCCCACUAUUGGUGUUGAUUUUGGUGUAACAGAGGCCAAAUUUGGUGAACCUGUUAUAAAAAUAAACUUAUUUGAUUUAUCUGGUCAUCCUAUUUUUUAUGAGGUAAGAAAUGAGUUUUACAAAGACAUACAUGCUGUUAUUUUAGUUUUUGAUAUUACUGUUAGUGAAUCAUUUUAUUGUUUAAAUAAAUGGAUUGAAGAAAUUAAACAGCAUACUAACACUGAAGAUUUUAACAAACUUAUAUUGUUGUUAUGUGGAAAUAAAAUUGAUAAGAAAAAACGUCUUAUUGAGUGGGACCAGGCAUGUACUUGGGCGAGAAAAAAUGGAUGCUUUUAUUUUGAAACUUCUGCUCUGACAGGAGAAGGUGUCAAUGAAGUUUUUCAGACAAUGUUUAAAUGUUCGAGAAAAAUUUUACUCAGAAACGAGUUAAAAGAUAUGUCAGAUGACUGUUGCAAGGAACAGUUGGAUGCUAUUAAUCUUUUAAAAUCCAGCAAAAAUAGCUAUGAAUGUCUUGGUUUAACAAGUAAUGCUUCUGUGGAAGAUAUAAAUAAAGCUUAUAAACGUCUAGCCAAGCUUCUUCAUCCUGAUAAAUGUAAACUUGCCAAUAGUACAGAUGCUUUCCAGUUAUUGUUGAUUGCAAAAGAUACUUUGUUAAACAAUAAGAAUAAAGUUGUAAAUUAAAUUAUAUAUUUUCAUGUGUAUUUAUAGAUUGGUUUAUUUUAAUAUUAACAUAAGAAUUUUUU